GCCAAUCAUAGUUUCUCUCAUUUUAUAAUAAUUUCUCCAUCUUCUUCCUUCCUCUUCAAGCUUAUAGAACCUUCACAGAUCAUAAAACUCUCUCCAACUCUCUGCAACAAUCUAUACUUUCUACAUUACUCUUUAAAAAAAUGGGAAGACAUUCUUGUUGUUUUAAGCAGAAGCUAAGGAAAGGUCUUUGGUCUCCUGAAGAAGAUGAGAAACUUCUCAAUUAUAUCACUAGACAUGGUCAUGGCUGUUGGAGUUCUGUCCCUAAACUCGCAGAUUUAAAGAGAGGAGCUUUCUCGCAAGACGAAGAAAGCUUGAUCAUUGAGCUCCAUGCUGCAUUAGGCAACAGAUGGUCUCAAAUCGCAACGCGGUUACCGGGAAGAACGGACAACGAGAUCAAAAACUUUUGGAACUCAUGUCUUAAGAAGAAGCUGAGAAGAAAAGGCAUUGACCCAACAACACAUAAACCCCUAAUAACAAGCGAGCUUCAAUCUCUUAACGUCAUAGAUCAGAAACUGACGUCAUCAGAAUUAGUAAAGUCAACGGGUUCGAUAAACAACCUACAUGAUCAGUCAAUGGUCGUCUCAACGCAACCAGGUCCAUGGUGGUUCCCGGCGACUACAACGUCGACUAAUCAAAACGCUGCGUUUUGCUUUAGUUCAAGUAAUACUACUCCAACGGUUUCAGACCAAAUCGUAUCUUUAAUCUCUUCAAUGUCCACGUCAUCAUCUUCGACACCAAUGACUUCAAACUUCAAUCCUGCUCCAAACAACUGGGAACAACUCAACUACUGUAACACAGUUCCAUCUCAGACCAACAGUAUAUAUAGUGCCUUCUUUGGUAAUCAUUACACCGAAGCUAGCCAAAACAUGAACAAUAGUAAUAUUAAUCCAUUAAUGGAUCAUCAUCAUCAAGACACGAAGUCAUGGGCAUCAGAGAUUCUUCAUUACACAGAACAUAACCAAAGCUCAGAAACUGGUUUAGAAGCAGAAGUGAAGCCAGACAUUGCCAAGUACUACUGGAGAUCAGCAUCAUCAUCGUCAUCACCAAACCUAGAAGCUGCAACAUUACUACAUGAUGCUAACGUGGAAGUGUACGGUAAAAAUCUACAAAAACUUAAUAGCAUGGUGUUUGAUCAAAGUCUUUAGAUUAACAUGUGUUUUAGAGAGUUUCUAUUUCUAUAUUCACAUUCAUAGACCUGAGUUUAUUGAUUGAUCCAUUCAUAUAUAAUGUUCUGCUUGUGUGUAAAGUAUGUAUAUGGUUUUUGGUUUGUGUAAAUUUUCUGCUCGUGUGAAUUUUUUUGGUGCUAAGAUGUAAUUCUUUUUUCCAUCUCCUUGCUUAUGACUCUGACCUUAAUAGAGUUUCUUAUUUUUU